CAAUUUUUCUUUUUCUUUUUUCAAAAUCAAACAUCUCAACCGUUAGAUCAAGAUUCCCCUCCCCCCAACUUCUUGAUCGGCGCAGCAAAAAAAACGACCUGGUCCACAAUCUUUCAAAGGGGAUCAUAAAAAUUACGCCACCUUUUUUAUGUCUAUUUUCGCUUUUGCCCCUCCAUUUUUUAUUUUUUCAAGUUCCUCGGCCUUUGUUACUUUCUGCUUAAUGGAAGGACCUUAAAGCUUUAUUUAUUUAUUUAUUCAUUUUCUCUGCAGUUCGUGCAUUUUUCGCCUGCAAUUUUUGAAAGCAGUAAUCGGUCUUCUUCUCUUUGUUCCCUUCACUAAACUUUUCUUCGUAAAGAGGCUAUUUUGAGAAGUUUUGGUUUCUGAUGUCUCCACCGCUGCUGGGCGUGGAGGAGGAAGUGCAGAGUAGUGUUUCUUCUCCCUCUGUUGAAUGUAUCUCCGAGAAUGGCAUGGGGUUAAAGGAGCGUAAUUAUCUUGGAUUAUCAGAUUGUUCUUCAGUUGACAGCUCGGGUGUCUCGAGUAAUCUGAAUUUGGCUACGGAGCUUAGGCUCGGUCUUCCUGGAUCACAAUCCCCUGAGAGAGAAACAGAGUUUUGCUUGUUGAACUUGGGAAAACUUGACGAGAAGCCACUAUUUCCUCUACUUCCUUCCAAAGAUGGAAUCUGCUCAUCAUCUCAGAAAAAUGUUGUUACUGGAAACAAAAGGGGUUUUUCUGAUACCAUGGAUGGAUUCUCUGAGGUGAAAGGCUAUGUGUACACUGAGAAAAGUUGGAUGUUUCAUGAAGCUGGUUCUGAUUCUGAAUCUCCACAAUCUGUGGGACAUGGAAAAUAUCCUGGUAAUUCAGGGGUUAAUGUGAUUUUGUCAACAAGGUCUCCUGGAGUUCAAGCAUCUGUAAAGCAAGAUGAGCCUGCAAAUGUGUUACAAGAGCAACCUCGUGCUACUAAUGGAACCAGUCUCAAGCAAACUGUCAUUUCUAACAACACCACCGGUGCACCUGCUGCCAAGGCGCAGGUUGUUGGUUGGCCACCAAUAAGACCAUUUAGGACUAAAACGCUGGCCGCUUCUUCAAAGAACAAUGAUGAAGUUGAUGGAAAGCCCGGUCCUGGUGCUGUUUUUGUCAAGGUCAGUAUGGACGGAGCUCCCUAUCUGAGGAAGGUAGAUUUGAGAACUUAUUCUACAUAUCAGGAACUGUCUUCUGCUCUUGAGAAGAUGUUCAGUUGUUUUACCCUUGGUCAAUGUGGGUCUCAUGGUACUGCCGGGAAGGAAAUCCUGAGCGAGAGCAGGUUGAAGGAUCUUUUGCAUGGAUCAGAAUAUGUGGUAACAUACAAAGAUAAAGAUGGUGACUGGAUGCUUGUCGGCGAUGUUCCAUGGGAGAUGUUUAUCGAAACGUGCAAGAGAUUGAAAAUCAUGAAGAGCUCUGAUGCAAUUGGAUUGGCUCCUAGAGCAGUGGAGAAAUCCAAGGCCAACAACAAAAAAGAAUUUGGAUAUGGGUGCUAAUUUCCUCAUGCCAAACCCGAACCAAACCGACAAUUCAGAGGUGAAAUCUGUAGGGUGUGUUGUGGAGAGUGAAAGAUCAUAUCAUGUUUCAUCUCAUCUAUAGUUUAGUUGCAAGAACAAUUUACUCAUAGAUAUCAUAUGAUCUCGUAGGAACCUGUAACGUUUAAGACAUGCUCUCUAUUGUGUGUUGAAUGUGUGUUUGAUCAUAAA